AUGAAAAUCUACACCAAGACCGGAGACAAGGGCACGUCAUCGCUGUACACCGGCGAGCGUCGUGCCAAGGAUGAUGCCACCUUUGCGGCCCUGGGCGACGUCGACGAGCUGAACUCCGCCAUCGGCGUGGCAGGGGAGCAUGUCAGGGGCCUCGACCCCAGCAUGGCCCUCCAGCUCGCCACCAUCCAGAGCCGGCUGCUGGACGUCGGGUCGGCGGUGGCGACGCCACUGGCCAGCGCCAGCGAGGCCAAGCUGCGCCGGGCGGCCUUCGAUCCCGCCCACACACCCCUGCUGGAGGCCUGGAUCGACGAGGCCAGCGCCGAGCUGCCGCCGCUGACCAACUUCAUCCUGCCCUCGGGCGGGCACGCCGCCGCCGCUCUGCACCUCGCGCGCAGCGUGUGCCGCCGCGCCGAGCGCGCCGUGGUCCCACUGGUGGGGGCUGGGGCCACGGAUGAGGCGGUGGGGGUGUACCUCAACCGCCUCAGCGACUACCUGUUCACCGCCGCGCGGCUGGCCGCGAAGCGGGCGGGGGCGGAGGAGACGGUGUACAAGAAGGGCGCGUGA